GCGGUAAAAGUAACCCUUUAAAUGAGUCCAUCGAGUUACUUGCAUCAGCGGCAUCUCCCAAUCCACCCGCUCCAGAGACUUCGAUUCCUCCCAGUUCUGCCUCGUUUAAUUUGAAGUGUGCUCGUUUUUUGCUUUCCGAUCUUCUGUGGUCAGAUCUCAAGUAGAGGUAUAUCAAUAAAAAAAAAAUCCCCACCACACUAUAUUAACUAACCGGAUGUAUGUUUGACGAUAUAAAUUUUAGAAUCGUGAAUUUAAAUAUUUCCGACGAAAUGAGUGAUUGAGAACCUACCUGAAAAUCAUGUCAGAGUAUCUACUGUUGCUGUUUUUCAGCACACUUGGGCUGGUCGCUCCUCAGCGUUCUUUGACGCGGGAUGGUUCCUAUUCGAAACAGUCUCCCGAGUUAACUGAAUCGACUCAACAGCAAACCGGGAAUGAAAUCCAGAGAAUCUUGGAAACUUUACGACUGUCACGAGAGCUUUCAGAGGAAGGCAGACAAGCGGAUGAUUGGAGACAAGAGUCGGGCUUAGACUAUCCUGCGGAAUCGUCGGGCAACUACGGAGGUGGGAUGUCAGCGGUGCCAUCGCUCUUCAAUCAAAGGCUCAUGAUGACACUCCGCUCAAUGCCCAAGGAUGAUUCCGCUCUGGGCACGGGGAAAAGAGGGAAAUAUAUGUCACUUUGUCACUUCAAAAUAUGCAACAUGGGCAGGAAACGAUGGAAGGCGUGGCCAUAAGAAACAGAGUCACCACUAAAAAUCAGUUUAGCUUAAUACCAUUCUUAGAGCAUAUCAACAUAAAUUCAAAAUUCUAUUUCAAUGGCAUUGGUUCUGAAUUUUUAACAUCGACAAAUACAUGUCAAUUUGUUUGAUUUCAUGUAGUUCAAAAUUGUAAAAUGAUAGGAAGUAAAUACAUUUAAUGAUACUGAAAACACGCAGUCUUCAAUUAAUUCACAUUGUAACCAUUACUAGUCCGUCUAAUAAUUCUCACUGUGAAUGCUUGAAAUCUGUUAAUUAUAAGUUUAUCAACUAUAAAGUGUGUAUGUACCUGUAUUACAAAGCCUCACUAGAGGCAAGAAGUGAUUACACUCAGGUUUUGUGAUGAUCUAUAUUUAGAAAAUGCCUCAUUCUGCUGAGGAGGAAGAGGUUUUUAGUCCACAUUGUGAGGAAACACUGAUAGAGAUUCUGCUUUGCUUUGAAUUACAGGUGCAGUACAAGAGAAAGGUCAAAAAAA